AAUAUAUCAAACAGAAGCAAAAAAAAAGUAAAAUGCAACGAUCAAAUGAAGAGUUUCGUGAAACAAACGCUCCAAUUUGCAAUAAUCAACAGCAAAGAUGUGUUGAUUUUGUCAGGAACAACGCAAAUAUAGGCAAUCGAACUGAAGAGGUGCUCAAUUUACUAUGGGAACUGGCCAACGAGUAUUGGCAAUGGUUUCUACAAAAACUUGGCCAACUCAAGAGACUCUGUUUUCGUCCCGAAUGCCGCAUCGAUCCGGAGAUUCUGGAGAGGAUUAGCCAAACACGGGGCUGGAAAACGUCAGUCAUUCGAUUUAUUGAGUGCCAUCCGAGCAGCUCGUUAAUGGCAUUUCUAACCAACGAUGAUGUGGUUCUGAUCUGCGACAAAAAUUACGAUUGCCCCACCAAAAUUCAAUCCGUUAGGCAAAAGGACACCACCUGUGUCGCCUUUCGUCCUUGGUCGCAAACUUGUGAAUUUGCCGUGGGUUGUGCAGCCGGUAUAUGUUUGUGGUCGGAUAGUCGUCGUCUCAAUGCCAAUCGAAAUAUUCGACGUAUGAUGGGCACUCAUCACUUGCAAGUCCUGCAGGAUAAAGGGCACAACUAUGUGACUUCGAUGCAAUGGAAUGAAGAUGGCACUAUUCUGGUUACCGCCGCAUUUGGCUCAUCGCACAUCAUGCUCUGGGAGCCGGACUGUCAGCAAAAGAUACGUUUGAUACCGAAUCCGAAGAGUUUAGGCUCCUUCUCCCUACUGCGUUUUAGUCCCGAUUUCCAUGUGCUCUUCUGCGCCUCCUGCGAUGCGGGCGCCAGUCUUUGUCAACUGAAUCGAUCGAAAUGGAAGUUGAAACAGAUCCUUGGGCAGCAACGCAUUCAAUCGGCCGUCUGGACAACAUGCGGUUCCACUUUGCUCUAUGCGUGUUACGGCAGCACUCGCGUCUACUCAUGUACCAGCGAUGGUGAGGACAGUGUCUUCCUGCGGCCCCAGUCAAUAUGGCGCGUUCAGUUGAUAAUGGAUCUGCAGCUUGUGACCACCUGUGCUGGCCAGCGACUUUGCUGCGGUGAGCCCCAAUGCCUCGCCAUGGAUCCACUGGGCAUCUACAUGGCCAGCAUCUUCAAGGAGCAGUCCUUUGUGCUGCUCUGCAUUCUGCAUACAUCGCGAUGGGGUAAUGUUAAACUGCUGCCAGUGGAAUUCAUUUAUUGCGAUAUGGAUGGUGACCAAUAUCCAGCUUACAUUUCCUUUGGCGUUUUGAAAGCGGAAAUUAGAUUUUUGAUAAUCGCCUGGAAUACAGGACACUUUCAGCGAUAUGACAUCACAGCGCAGUGUUUCAGAGAUGCCCAACUAUAUCACAACAUUAACUAAAAUAUAAAUGUAUUAAUAAUAAAAACUUUAUUCG